UCGAACAUAAAUGGCCUUAUACAAAUUGUUUAGCCAUAGUGUGGAGAUCCAAUAUAAAAGCUACUUUCUGUCGAAAGCAACACUUUUCACAAUUUUAAUUGCAAUUUUCAAUUUAACUUUGCCUUUUAUUGUUGCAUUCAAUAGUAAAGGCUUCUGGUUACAAUCUCAUUAUUUUUAUGAACAACCAUCAAUAAGAUCGACGUACGAUUAUUUGCUAAUAGCGGAGACUGAUGAUCCUAGUAUCAAUAUUAUAUGUGGGGAAGCAGCUGUUUUAAAUAGUGAAAUGAUUGAACAUGUAGAAAACUGUGCGGAAACUCAGAUCCAAGAGCAAGAUUUUGAUAAGGAUGGAAAAAAUGAUAUUAUAGCAUUUAAAUUGCACCUCAUUGUUCCGAAGGAGAGAACUAUAACAUAUAUCAUUUUAAUAUUAGGCAUUGAUUUACUAAUAAUGACUACUUGCCCUCUACAAAUGCAAAGUUUAGCCAUAAUAAACAAGGAAUUUGCGGUACAUCCAAAUGGACUUAAAUAUUAUGGAGACAUACAAAUUUAUCAAAGCGUCCACCUGCCUUGUUUUCAAAACAUGGUAGAUACCAAAUAUAAUUCUUCCAUUUUUUCCUACAAAAGUGAUUACAAAAAUACUGUGGACUCUAUUUUGGAGGAAUACCUAAGCAGAGACGUAAUCACCACUGUCACACCAAUUUUUUCGAGAAAUCAGAACGGACUGACUGGUACAAUGGAUCUAAAUAUUGUUUUAAAGAUUUCUGAAAUCCAAAUAAGAUAUUUACCAAGUCUUUUACAAGAAUUGAAAUGGGCAUGGCCUCAAUAUCUGUCUCUUCUUUUUAUUUUUUACUGCUUCUUUAACAGAAUAAAAAGAUUUGUUUUCAGUAAAAGACUAUUGAUGGCCUGGAAAAUAGUGCCUUGGACUAAAAAUAACUAGAUAUCCAUCAUUAAAAAUAUAUGUUUUACACAACCUGUAC